AUGGCGGGAUCGGUGACCGACAGUGAUGCAGUAGUGAAACUAGACGAUGGGCAUUUAAACAACUCCUUGGGCUCUCCGGUUCAAGCGGACGUGUACUUCCCACGACUGAUAGUUCCAUUUUGUGGGCACAUUAAAGGUGGCAUGAGACCAGGCAAGAAGGUGUUAGUGAUGGGCAUCGUAGACCUCAACCCAGAGAGUUUUGCAAUCAGCUUGACCUGUGGUGACUCUGAAGAUCCUCCUGCCGAUGUGGCAAUUGAACUAAAGGCUGUGUUUACAGACCGGCAGCUACUCAGAAAUUCUUGUAUAUCUGGGGAAAGGGGGGAAGAACAGUCAGCAAUCCCUUACUUUCCAUUCAUCCCAGACCAGCCAUUCAGGGUGGAAAUUCUUUGUGAGCACCCACGGUUCAGAGUAUUUGUGGAUGGACACCAACUUUUUGAUUUUUACCACCGCAUUCAAACAUUAUCUGCCAUCGACACCAUAAAGAUAAACGGGGACCUCCAGAUCACUAAGCUUGGCUGAUGUUGUUUCAACCACCUCUGUUUCAAAUAGGAUCAGGUGCCACAACUAUCUGACUGUCGCUCUGGGAGAACUGUCCUACAAGAGCUGGAGACUUAAAAAGACAACGAAAAACAAAAGACAAGCUUCAUGGUCUCUUCUUUCUGUGUAGUUUAAACCCAAAAUGACAACGUCUACCGUGGUC